UCACGGGGGUGUGGUUAUCCCGGCUGCCUGCCUGUAUAUAGAGAACACUCAAGUGCAGCUACACACAUCCUCUUCGACACACACGCACAGAGAAAGACCGAAGACCACAACUUUCUUCAUACUUUUGCUUUCGGAUUAAAAAGAAAGAACUUGGAUUUUUGGCAAAAAGACUCAUCAUGAAGCUGCUCGUGUUGGGCGCGCUGCUCCUAGUGGCGGCGGAGGGACAUGCGGCGAGAAACCAGUGGAGGAGGUCCAAGAGGGAACUGGCCGCCCCGCUCCACACGGGCGGCAUUCGCGAUCCGCUGGGUUCAUACUGCCAGCGGCGAGGCGGCUGCUGCCCCGGACGGGACGACCUGUGCACCGUCCCCUAUUUGGACACCAUUUGCUACUGCGACCUCUUCUGCAACCGCACCGUGUCCGACUGCUGCCCCGACUUCUGGGGGCACUGUCUGGGCGUGAAGCCCCCAUUCAUUGGGUCCUGUGAAAGAAACGGGAACAAAUUCCUUUCGGGACAAACAUACAAGGACAACUGCAACUUGUGCACGUGUGGCACCACCGGACGUUGGGAGUGCGAACAGAACGCCUGUCUGAUGGACAGCACCAUGAUCCAUGCUGUCAACAGAGGGAAUUAUGGGUGGAGGGCCGCUAACUACACCCAGUUGUACGGCAUGACGCUGGACGAGGGCAUCCGCUAUCGACUGGGCACGCAGAGACCUUCCAAAACCACCAUGAACAUGAACGAGAUCCAGAUGAACAUGGAUCCCGAAGGCGACGUCUUGCCCGCCAGUUUCAACUCGGCUGACAAGUGGCCUGGCAAGAUCCACGAACCUCUGGACCAGGGCAACUGUGCCGCCUCCUGGGCCUUCUCAACAGCAGCCGUGGCAUCAGACCGAAUCUCCAUCCAAUCCAUGGGUCACAUGACGCCUCAGCUGUCUCCGCAGAACCUCAUUUCCUGCGACACCAGGAACCAGGGCGGCUGCGCCGGGGGCCGCGUGGAUGGAGCCUGGUGGUAUCUCCGCCGCAGAGGGGUGGUGACAGAAGACUGCUACCCUUACACCUCGCCGCAUCACACGGCGGCCGACGUGACCCGCUGCAUGAUGCAGAGCCGCUCGGUGGGCCGCGGAAAGAGACAGGCCACGCAGCGCUGCCCCAACGCGCACCACUACCAGCACAACGACAUCUACCAGUCCACGCCGCCCUACAGGCUCUCGGCCAACGAAAAGGAGAUUAUGAAGGAGAUUAUGGAUAAUGGCCCCGUGCAAGCCAUCAUGGAGGUCCACGAGGACUUCUUUGUGUACAAGAGCGGCAUCUACAAGCACACGGACGUCAGCUUCACCAAGCCGCCGCACUACCGCAAGCACGGCACGCACUCGGUCAGGAUCACGGGGUGGGGUGAACAGUGGGACUCAAACGGCGCUCCCAGGAAGUACUGGGUCGCCGCCAACUCCUGGGGCAAGAACUGGGGCGAGGACGGUUACUUCAGAAUCGCCCGCGGCGACAACGAAUGCAAGAUCGAGACCUUCGUGAUCGGCGUGUGGGGCAGGGUCACCAUGGAGGACAUGCACGAUCACCACCAGCACCAGCAGCAGCGUCGCCGCCACAUUUAGAGUCCCCAUGGGAACCACAGCAGGAGCCUCAAAACCUCACCCUCGUAGCCAACCCCCAACCACCCACGCUAGCAGGUGGUCAACCACAUCUAAGCUCGUUUUCAUUGCCUCGGCGGGCGUCUGAAGAAACGCGCGCCAGGCCCCUCAGGUACUGUUCCGGAGACCGCAUUUCCCCAAAUUCCUCAGCUUCAGAGCAACAGAAAGGCACGUGGGAAGGGAGAUGAUGAAAGACAAAACCUUUUAAGUUGGUCUUUUUUUUUUUUUUUAAUAACCGUUAAGAGACGUCAAUGGAGCAGUUUUGGGAGGAGAGGAAAUCUGAGAGGCACAAAUCCAGAAAAAAUAACUAGCAAUAGCCACGCCCACACCUUGCCUGUAAUACGAUCCCCAUGUCAGAGUGUUGACUUUUUAGGACAAUGCGUUUCCAAGUACUAGCUGCAGGCGGUGAAUUUUCACAAUUUUUCUCUCUGAAAAAAAACAAAAACAACCCUAUGUGUUGUGUGGGCCAAAAAUGCCUUACUGAGCAUUGCAUACUUGCAUUGAUACAAGUGAUUAUUGUUAUUAUGAUGAUGAUUAUUAUGAUAUAUUUGUGCAAAGUAGUCUUAACGCGCUAUGAUGCUAUGUUCGUGUCGCCAUGUUGUUCGAAGAAUUUAUUUUGCUACCCGUGUACUGUAACUGGUGAUUAUAUAUCGUGAUCAUUACAAAUUCAACACUCAUGUGGCUUAUUUUUAGACGUCGAUUUGCGUUGGGUGACUUGGAGAACGUCGACGAAAAACGCAGAUUUCCCCAGCGGUAUGAAACAAAUAGCAACAAGGAUACUUUUGAUCUCUAACUCAUGAAACCUGAAGAAACUGAUUUAAUGAGGUUACGUAAUUAGAUACCCACCUGCCAACGAAUGAUCCAUUUGACCUCUCAUUCCAGAAGUAAGGCUAAGCGACUAUUUCCUAUGCCAAAUAGGGAGCCCACUAUUUGACCUGCUCAAUAGCGAGUUCACUUGCAGCUAUCCUUUCAUACACACCACUAAGAGACUAUUUGGCUAGCUAAAUAGUGAGCCCAAUUGUAGUUGUGUUUCCUUUCACUUGACAAAUUGUGAUCCCACUUUUGGCUCUGGUUCCAUCAGAAACUCACCUACCAAAUAGUAAGCCCACUUGGAGCUCUCCACCUCCAGAAUCAUCAAUUCCAUCUACCAAAUAUCGAGUUCACGUGCAAGAACUCCUUCAUGACAAGAAUUAAGCAACUAUUAUACCUGCCAAAUAGUGAGCCUACUUGUAGCUCUUAUUCCAAAACUCUUUGACUUGCCAAAUAGUGAGGUCACUAUUGCUACUGAAAGUGUGCAUCGUCGGGAAGAGUAAUGGUGGGGAGGGAGGGCCUGGGGGGGGGUUCGACCUCCCCCAAGCAGGGAUUUCCAGCUCUCACUUGAAAGUGAGGUACGCUGUUAUUAUCGCUGGCCUUCAAUUACGCGCCACUUCAAACGCCGUAAUCCUGCCUCGUGAUCUUUUGCGCCGUCGCGCCUUCCUUCAGAUUUCAAAGACAAACACACACACACACACACACGAUUGGACAGACAAGGUGCAUCUUGUUGUUGCUCUGAUGGCCAGAUAGAGACUUGCUAGUCUCAACGACAACCAAAGAAUGCCAACAUCCACUCCACAAUGGUGUGUGUGUGCGUGUGUGUGUCUGCGUGUGUGUGCGUGCGUGUGUGUGUGAACGCCACGGUCACUCGUGUGUGUCGACAUUUAUUUAUAAUAAGUUAAUUAAGAUACACUGUACGUUAUUCCUCUCGUAUCUGUGCAAUGUUACGCUCGACAUCGGCCGUACGGUGCGCAUUACAUGUAUUGCGAAUGUCCUGUUGUGCCGCACAUUAAAGUCUUUCCACCACC